AUGUCUGAUAAUAUGCAAAUUGAUUCUCCACCACCACAAGAAAUUGAUGAAGGUUUAUAUUCUCGUCAAUUAUAUGUUCUAGGUAAAGAAGCAAUGAUUAAAAUGCAAAAUGCAAAUGUUUUAAUCAUUGGUUUAAAAGGUUUAGGUAUUGAAAUUGCCAAAAAUAUUGCCCUUGCCGGUGUAAAAUCAUUAAGUUUAUAUGAUCCAACAUCAAUUGAAAUAGGAGAUUUAUCAUCACAAUUCUUUUUAAAUGAAUCUAAUAUAGGUCAACCAAGAGAUAAAGCAAGUUGUGAAAAAUUAUCUGAAUUAAAUUCAUAUGUUCCAAUUAAUACUGUAGAUAAUAUAAAUGAAGAUACUUUAUUAAAAUUUAAAUGUAUUGUUUCAACAAAUAUUACUUUGGAAGAACAAGUUAAAAUUAAUAAUAUCACUCAUAAAAAUGACAUUGGUUAUAUAAAUGCAGAUAUAAGAGGUUUAUUUGGACAAAUUUUUGUAGAUUUUGGUGAUAAAUUUACAAUUAUUGAUCAAACUGGUGAAGAGCCUUUAAGUGGUAUAGUUUCUGAUGUUGAAAAAAAUGGUACGGUUACUAUGUUGGAUGAUAACAGACAUGGUUUACAAGAUGGUGAUUAUGUUAAAUUUACUGAAGUUGAUGGUAUGCCAAAAUUAAAUGAUGGUUCAUUACAUAGAGUUGAAGUUUUAGGACCUUAUGCUUUUAAAAUAAAAAUUGAUGAAUCUUAUGGUGAUUAUAAGAAAGGUGGUUUAUAUACACAAGUUAAAGUACCAAAGGAUUUAUCAUAUGAACCAUUACUUAAACAGUUGAAAAAUCCAGAAUUUUUGAUAUCUGAUUUUGCAAAAUUCGACAAACCAGCUCAAUUACAUAUUGGUUUUCAAGCUUUACAUGCUUUCCAAACUAAGAAUCAAGGUAAUUUACCAAAACCUUAUAAUGAAGAAGACGCAAAUGAAGCAUGGCAAUAUGCACAAGAAUUGGCAAAAGUUAAUGAAGUUGAAUUGGAUGAAAAAUAUUUAAGAGAAUUAUUUUAUCAAGCUAGAGGUGAUAUUCCAGGUGUUGUUGCCUUUUAUGGUGGUUUAAUUGCUCAAGAAGUUUUAAAAUGUUGUUCAUCUAAAUUUACUCCAAUAAAACAAUGGUUAUAUUUUGAUUCCUUGGAAUCAUUACCUGAUUCAAAACAAUUUCCAAGAUCUGAAGAAAAUAAUAAACCAAUUGGUUCAAGAUAUGAUGGUCAAAUUGCUGUAUUUGGUAAAAGUUAUCAAGAAAAAAUUUUCAAUUUAAAAGUUUUCCUUGUUGGAGCAGGUGCAAUUGGUUGUGAAAUGUUGAAGAAUUGGGCAAUGAUGGGUUUAGGAUCAGGACCAAAUGGUAAAGUUUUCAUUACUGAUAAUGAUUCAAUUGAAAAAUCAAAUUUAAAUCGUCAAUUUUUAUUCAGACCAAAAGAUGUGGGUAGAAAUAAAUCAGAAGUUGCAGCAAAAGCAGUUGUUGAAAUGAAUCCACAAUUGGAAGGUAAAAUUGAUGCAAAAUUGGAUAAAGUUGGUCCUGAUACUGAAGAUAUUUUUGAUGAUGAUUUUUGGUCAAGUUUGGAUAUUGUUGUUAAUGCUUUAGAUAAUGUUGAAGCAAGAACUUAUGUUGAUAGAAGAUGUAUCUUUUAUAAAAAACCACUAUUGGAGUCUGGUACUUUAGGUACAAAAGGUAAUACUCAAGUUGUUAUACCAAAUUUAACAGAAUCAUAUUCAUCAUCACAAGAUCCACCAGAAAAAUCUAUACCAUUAUGUACUUUAAGAUCGUUCCCAAAUAAAAUCGAUCAUACAAUUGCUUGGGCAAAAUCAUUAUUUCAAGGAUAUUUUGCUGAUUCACCAGAAAGUGUAAAUUUAUAUUUAAGUCAACCAAAUUAUGUUGAACAAACUUUAAAACAAAAUCCAGAUAUAAAAGGUACCUUGGAAAAUAUAUCACAAUAUCUUAACAAUCGUCCAUAUACUUUUGAAGAUUGUAUUAAAUGGGCAAGAAAUCAAUUUGAAAUUAAAUUUAAUCAUGAAAUAAAACAAUUGUUAUAUAAUUUCCCUCCAGAUGCAAAAACUUCAACUGGUGCACCAUUUUGGUCAGGACCAAAAAGAGCACCAAAACCAUUGGAAUUUGAUAUAAAUAACAAAGAUCAUUUCAAUUUUAUAGUUGGUGGUGCUAAUUUAUUAGCAUUUAUAUAUGGAUUGAAAGAAUCAGAUAAUUAUAGAUCAGUUUUGGAAAAUUUCAAAGUUGCUGAAUUUAAACCAAAAUCAGGUGUUGAAAUUGCUUCAACUGAUGCAGAAGCUGAAGAACAAGCAAAUAAAUUAUCAGGAUCAAUUGAUUCAGAUGAAAUUAAAAAAAUUGCUGCUCAAUUACCUGAGCCAAGUACUUUAGCAGGUUAUAGAUUAUUACCAAUUGAAUUUGAAAAAGAUGAUGAUACAAAUCAUCAUAUUGAAUUUAUAGCUGCUGCAUCAAAUUGUAGAGCAUUGAAUUAUGGUAUUGAAACUGCUGAUGCAUCAAAAACAAAAUUUAUUGCUGGUAAAAUUAUUCCUGCAAUUGCAACUACAACUGCUUUAGUUACUGGUUUAGUUUGUCUUGAAUUAUAUAAAGUGGUUGAUUCAAAAACUGAUAUUGAACAAUAUAAAAAUGGUUUUAUUAAUUUAGCUUUACCAUUUAUUGGAUUUUCAGAACCAAUCAAAUCCUCAAGAAAGAAAUUUAAUGAUAAAGAGUUUGAUGAAAUUUGGGAUAGAUUUGAUAUUGAAGGUGACAUUAAAUUACAAGAAUUAUUAGAUUAUUUUGAAAAAGAACAAGGAUUAACAAUAAGUAUGUUAUCAUAUGGUGUUUCAUUAUUAUAUGCUUCAUUUUUCCCACCUAAAAAAGUUAAAGAUAGAUUAA